CAUAUCACUUCUGCCUUGGUACACUCCCUCAUUCUCUCACUGCAAUGUCCACAAAUGGCAGCUAUUAGAAUCCGCUAGCUAUAAUCUCAGUCACCUAAAUGCUCAGUAAAUCAACUCGUUGGGGAUUAGCUAACAUCCCAGAAAGGAUGCAUUUCUUGCGGCUGUAAUUCCGAAAAAGGGGAGAAGAGGAAAAGAAGAUAAAGUCUAAACCAAGAUUGUUUAAAAAAAAAAUCAGAAUUGUUGGCCUCACUGGAACUCUCCCAUGAUGCCUGAGGUUCGGGAACUUUCAGACCCACUGCCGGAGUCGCCCAUGGACCCCAUCACUGGCGUGGGGGUGGUGGCCUCGCGAAACAGAGCGCCUACUGGCUAUGAUGUGGUCUCCCAAACAACAGAUGGCCUUGACGCUGACUUGUGGAAAGACGGCCUGUUCAAAUCCAAGGUGACSCGCUACCUCUGUUUCACCAGGGUCUUCUCGAAAGAAAACAGUCAUUUAGGUAAUGUGCUGGUGGACAUGAAGCUUAUCGACAUCAAGGACACUCUGCCUGUAGGUUUUAUUCCCAUCCAGGAGACGGUGGACACACAGGAGCAGGCCUUCCGGAAGAGGAGGCUGUGUAUCAAGUUCAUCCCACGGGACUCCACAGAGGCAGCCAUCUGUGACAUCAGAAUCCUGGGCAGGUCCAAGCAGGCCCCACCGCAGUACACCUUCAUAGGAGAGCUCAACAACAUGGGGAUCUGGUAUCGCAUGGGUAAGGUCCCGCGUGCCCAGGAAUCUUCGCCAACUCCAACCACCAAUAACAUCCAGAACAUCAACUCGACGGCCAACACCACACCAACCCCAGCAGCCCCCCUGCCCAAACAUAUAUCCAUGACGCUGCCCGCCAGUUUCAAAAGGCAAACCACUACUAGACCGGAUUUUGAACACCAGAGCUCCAACCUGUACGCCAUAUCAGCAAUGGAUGGAGUGCCUUUCAUGAUCUCUGAGAAGUUUGCCUGCGCUUCCGAUGAUCUGCAGCAGGUGGAUCUGAUGGGCAUCACAAUCAAGUCGCUGACGGAGAUUGAGAAAGAGGUGAGUACACCGUCUCACUCCGGGCUAACCCGUACUAGCCUGGUUCCAGAUCUGUUUGUGCCGUCUUGCCAACUCCUGUGGUCCUUGUCAUGCCGAACACCAUAGGAGUUGGCAAGACUCCACAAACCGAGYCUGGAGAACAGGCUAAACUCAUACCACCAUGUACACUGACCCACCGAGACAUAUGACAUCAUCGACUGCCUUCAAAACGGGUUCUAGCAUUUGAUAGAGGCCCGGGUGUUCACACUUCUGGUCUCAUGUUGAUUAUGUAAAAGGCUUUUACACGUGGAGGUUAGAGGAGCCUUUCCAGCAGAGAUGAGCCCUC